CUACCCAUCACGCGUCCCUGGUCCAGCACCGGCGCCCAGGGCUCCGGCGCCCACUCGUCCCCGGCAGGCCCCGCCCCCGUGCGGUCCCUCCCGGAAGCGCCGGCGGAGCGUCCUCGCAUGGAGCGCGAGCCCAGCGCCUCGGAGGCCGCCCCCGCGGCGGCCGCGCUCUUCGCCUGGGGUGCAAAUAGCUAUGGGCAACUUGGCCUCGGCCAUAAGGAAGAUGUGCUGUUGCCCCAGCAACUGAAUGACUUCUGUAAACCCAGGAGUAUCAGGAGGAUCACAGGAGGAGGGGGCCACUCUGCAGUUGUCACAGAUGGAGGAGACCUCUUUGUUUGUGGCCUGAACAAAGAUGGGCAACUGGGGCUUGGUCACACAGAGGAGAUCCCAUAUUUUACCCCCUGCAAAUCCCUCUUUGGCUGUCCCAUCCAACAGGUGGCCUGUGGCUGGGAUUUUACCAUUAUGCUCACAGAAAAUGGUCAAGUUCUAUCAUGUGGAUCCAACUCCUUUGGCCAGUUAGGAGUUCCUCAUGGACCUCGAAGAUGUGUGGUUCCCCAGGCCAUUGAGCUCCAUAAAGAGAAGGUUGUUUGUAUUGCUGCUGGACUGAGGCAUGCAUUAGCUGCUACAGCAAGUGGCAUCGUGUUCCAGUGGGGGACUGGUUUGGCAUCAUGUGGACGACGGUUGUGCCCUGGGCAGACUCUUCCAUUGUUUUUCACAGCAAAGGAACCAAGCAGAGUGACAGGUCUAGAGAAUUCUAAAGCAAUGUGUGUUCUUGCUGGCUCAGACCACUCAGCUUCAUUAACAGAUGCAGGAGAGGUGUAUGUUUGGGGAAGCAACAAGCAUGGGCAACUGGCUGCUGAGGCUGCUUUCCUUCCUGUGCCCCAGAAAAUAGAAGCACAUUGUUUCCAGAAUGAAAAGGUCACUGCCAUCUGGAGUGGGUGGACACACCUGGUUGCUCAGACAGAAACUGGCAAGAUGUUUACCUGGGGCCGAGCAGACUAUGGUCAACUAGGGAGGAAGUUGGAGUCUUACGAAGGCUGGAAACUAGAAAAGCAAGAUUCAUUUCUCCCCUGUUCAAGACCACCGAACAGCAUGCCUUCAUCUCUGCAUUGCUUAACUGGAGCAACUGAGGUCUCUUGUGGCUCAGAGCAUAAUUUGGCAGUAAUUGGCUUUGGUAUCAGGAUGAUGCUGGCCUCAUAAAAUGAGUUAGGGAGGAUUCCCUCUUUUUCUAUUGAUUGGAAUAGUUUCAGAAGGAAUGGUACCAGCUCUUCCUUGUACCUCUGGUAGAAUUCGGCUGUGAACCCAUCUGGUCCUGGACUUUUUUUGGUUGGUAAGCUAUUGAUUAUUGCCACAAUUUCAGCUCCUGUUAUUGGUCUAUUCAGAGAUUCAACUUCUUCCUGGUUUAGUCUUGGGAGGGUGUAUGUGUUGAGGAAUUUAUCCAUUUCUUCUAGAUUUUCUAGUUUAUUUGCCUAGAGGUGUUUGUAAUAUUCUCUGAUGGUAGUUUGUAUUUCUGUGGGAUCGGUGGUGAUAUCCCCUUUAUCAUUUUUUAUUGCAUCUAUUUGAUUCUUCUCUCUUUUUUUCUUUAUUAAUCUUGCUAGCAGUCUAUCAAUUUUGUUGAUACUUUCAAAAAACCAGCUCCUGGAUUCAUUUAUUUUUUGAAGGGUUUUUUGUGUCUCUAUGAACAGACACUUCUCAAAAGAAGACAUUUAUGCAGCCAAAAAACACAUGAAAAAAUGCUCACCAUCACUGGCCAUCAGAGAAAUGCAAAUCAAAACCACAAUGAGAUACCAUCUCACACCAGUUAGAAUGGCAGUCAUUAAAAAGUCAGGAAACAACAGGUGCUGGAGAGGAUGUGGAGAAAUAGGAACACUUUUACACUGUUGGUGGGGCUGUAAACUAGUUCAACCCUUGUGGAAGUCAGUGUGGCGAUUCCUCAGGGAUCUAGAACUAGAAAUUCCAUUUGACCCAGCCAUCCCAUUACUGGGUAUAUACCCAAAGGACUAUAAAUCAUGCUGCUAUAAAGACACAUGCACACGUAUGUUUAUUGCAGCAUUAUUCACAAUAGCAAAGACUUGGAACCAACCCAAAUGUCCAACAAUGAUAGACUGGAUUAAGAAAAUGUGGCACAUAUACACCAUGGAAUACUAUGCAGCCCUAAAAAAUGAUGAGUUCAUGUCCUUUGUAGGGACAUGGAUGAAAUUGGAAAUCAUCAUUCUCAGUAAACUAUCGCAAGAACAGAAAACCAAACACCGCAUAUUCUCACUCAUAGGUGGGAAUUGAACAAUGAGAACACAUGGACACAGGAAGGGGAACAUCACACUUCAGGGACUGUUGUGGGGUGGGGGGAGGGGGGAGGAAUAGCAUUGGGAGAUAUACCUAAUGCUAGAUGACGAGUUGGUGGGUGCAGCGCACCAGCAUGGCACAUGUAUACAUAUGUAACUUACCUGCACGUUGCGCACAUGUACCAUAGAGUCUAAAGUAUAAUAAUAAUAAUAAUAAAGGAAAAAAAAAAAAGAAAUAGGCUGCCAGUGAAAGAUGUGUGCAAGUGUAUAUAGAAAUGCAUACAUAUGUGUGAUAGAGUGGGAAAAUAUCCCAGGGAGCCAUGAUUACCAGAGUACUCCAAGAAUGCAGUAUUUUGGUUAAUGGAUUUUUCUCAGAGUAUUAACCUCUUGGUUUCAGGCCUUGCUGAAAGUCAUUAUGAAAUGCAUUGCAAACAUUCACUCUCUGAUGCUAGAAGGAGCUGUCUAGUGAGCAUAAUUAAAUUCUCUUUAAGUGACAGAGGAUCUUGGCAGGAUGUCCAUUUAUCACCAGAAUGAUCAGUUGUGCUGUUCAGGACUCUAAUAACAACCCAUAUGUCUGUCUGGGUCUUUUACAACCAUUAUAACAUUGAGUCAUUGCAACAGCCCUGUAUGUGUAUGUGUGUGUUGGGAGUAAAGGGCAGGAUGGGAAGAUGAUUAUCCCCAUGUUGUUAGUGAGGAGGCUAGGAUUUGGAGAGCAUGAAUGUCCUGUUGGGCAUCUGCUAUGGUUUGAAUAUGCUCCUCAAAAGUUCCUGUGUUAGAAACUUGGUCCCCAGUGUAACAGUGCUGGGAGGUAGGGCCUUUGGAAGGUGAUUGGGUCAUGGGGGAUCCACCCUUAUGAAUGGAUUUAUGUCAUUAUUGUGGGAGUAGGUUAGUUAUUGCUGGAGCGGCUUUGUUAAAAAUAUAAGCUCUCUCUCGCAUGUGUUCUCUUCUCCUUCCACCUGUCCACCCUAGCAUGACCCUCACUAGAUACCAGCACCAUGCUCUUGGACUUUCCAGCCUCCAGAACUGUGAGCCAAAUCAACUUCUUUAUAAAUUAUCCAGCCUGUGGUAUUCGGUUAUAGCAACAGAAAAAAAGACCAGGAGAAGAUCAUAUAUCUUGAAAGUAACAGAGCUAGAACUGAAAUGACAUUUGCUGAGACAUAAUAUAGUAAAGCAGAAAAAAACAUAGAUUUUUGAGUCAGACAUACUUGAGUUUAAAUCCUGAUUUUGCCACUUACUGAUGGUAUUGACCGUGAAUAAAUUAAUCUCUCAGGUCCUAAGAUUCCUCAUCUGUAAAAUGGGUCAAAUAGUAUUUCCCUUGCUGGGGGUAAUUUUAAGGAUUCUAAAUAAUGUAUAUAAAGCAACCAGCAUUGUGCCUGGUCGGAGUAGGUCCUCAGCACAUGGAAGCUAUUAUUAUUCUGUCUCCUGAUCCUGUGCUCUUUCCAGUCUACCAAGAUGUCUGCUACUGUAGAUAUAGAAGGUACAAGGGAUUGGCCUGACCUAUCUUCAGCCCAUCAAACGCUAGAAGUCUUUUCAUUAGCCUCAAGGGUGGGGUUGGGGGGGGUUGUUUUAUCCCUUUCUAAUAACAGAAGCUGGAGGCAGCUUUCAUUCUGUAGGUAAAACUUAAAUAAUUUUAUAUCAAUACCAGAGUUGCUGCAAAGCAAUAAAGUAAGUAUCACAUAUGACUGUUGUUGAUAAUAAGUGCCCAGAGUCAGGAAAUGCUUUUUGGAUUUUAAAAAUAUGCAUAGAAUUUGACUAGGAGAACAAGAGAUACUUCAUGCAGGAUCAAAGUGUGGAGGUAAGACAAUGUAAGAUUUGAUCAGCUUGGCUAGAACAAAAAUUGUCAUUGGUAGGGGAGCAUACAUGAUAAGGAUGGAAAAAUAAACUCGUAUAUAGAGCUUCACGUGUGCAUAUAAACACACACAUUACUCACAUCUCCUAUGCAUGUACAUUGCUUACCUAAAAUACUUAGAAUUGAUUAGAAGCAUUGGGUGAAUAGAUAUUAUUUUAUCUCUCUAUGAUUUGUAGAAAAGCAAUGUGGUCAGAAGAAAGAGAAAUAGAGUGGGAGAUGGGAGACCCAGAUGUUGCUCUUGGUACCACCCCAUUCGACUGUAUAAUCUGGACAAGACAUGGAACCUCUUUGGGCCUUAUCUCCUCAUUUAUAAAAACAUCUGGGCCACUUUUGGAAAAUCCUUUGGAGCUAUUAUCAAGAGCCUUGAAGAUGUCCAUUCACUUUCAUUUAUUAAUUCAUAUCCUAGCAUUCUCCUCUAAGGAAAGAUCUUAAAUAUGGAAAAAAACUUUAUGGUUAAAGAUGUUCAUCAUAGUCUUUUUAUAAUUUAGUAAAAUUAUGAGCUACCUAAUUUUACUAACAUUUGGGACUGGAUAAAAGAUGACCUAUCUGCUUCACUAAUUUGUAGUGUUUAGUAAGUAAGAAUUGCAGCAUUGGUCAUGGAAAAAUGAAAACAAAAAGGCACAUAUGAAGAAUAUACUGGGAAAUAUACUUCCCAGUGUAGGAAGCAUUGUUGAUGUUAUCCACACCCUUCAUGAUCCAGACCCAGAUGUUCACACCAGCUGUCUUUGUGCCACCACUAUUUGCUGUAUAUGGUGACCUCACUAUGGUGAUCUUAGGACAUUUUCCUAACAAAUACCUUUCAUCCCUGUAUGCUUUUGUAUGUCUGGUUCAUUCCUCCUGAAAUGCCCUUCACUCCCUUGUCUAGCCAUGAAUAUCUGCUCUUCUUCCAGUCCAGCUCUGCAGAUUUCCUUGACUUCCUAAGUGGAAUCAGUUGCUCCUUCAUCCUUCUUUCUAUAAAAUUUGUAACUUGGCUCUAACACAUAUGUCCUGUGUUACAGUCUUCUUGUCUGUUUCUGUCUCUGCACAUAGACUGGGCCUUCCUUAGGGUCAGAAUUGUACAAAUCCCUAGGACUCAGCAAAGGGCCUGGCAUUUAAUAAUCACUCAAUAUAUGAUUGAAUUUUUACUUUUUUUAUUUUGAUUUUUUGCUUUUCCAUGUUUUCUGCAUAUUUUAUAAUGACUAUGCAUUGUGCUUAUAAUGGAAGAAAAAUAAUAGUAAUUCAUUUACUCAUUUACUUUAACAAGGUGACUGGCCUAGUUCAGAGGUUCUCAAACUUGGAAGUUCAUCAGAAUCACCUGGAGAGCUUAUUAAAUUGCAGAUACCCUGGCCCCUAGACAGACUUCUUGAGUCCCAGUCUCCCGGGUAAGGACCUGGAAUCAGUAUUAUUAACAGGCUACCAGUUAUUGGGAUGCUCAGCCAUACCUGAGAACCUUUGACCUCAGUACUGCUAAAGCCCUUUCAGCUUAAAAUCUUCCUAGUUCUUGGAUUGACCUCCUGUCCCUUGCUACCCCUGCUAUGAGAGGCUUUAGCUGGAGGGCAUGUGGAGCAACAGGCCAUACAAUGGAGAAUACCUGUACUAGCUUCAUUAUUGGGCUCCUCUUCUGUGCCAAAGACUGCUUUGUAAAUAGCAUUUUAAAAUAUCUAUACAAUCAUACUUUAAGGUCAGUUUUAUUUUCUCCAUUUUACAGAUGAGAAAACU